AUGAUCUUUGUUCUGGGCAUAGGUGGCAGCUUCCCAUAUGGGUUUCACAUUUCUGUGAUCAACUACCCCUCCUUGGUAAGCGAAAAAAACCACAACUGUCCUGCAUUCCUUAGGUUGGAACUGUCAAGGCCGCAAGAGGGGAGCCUUGGACUGAGUGAGAUCAUCAGCGGCAUUCCUUGUUCACUGAAUGGCAGCACGAUGUUACGUUUUGAAUUGAAUUGUUGCACAUCUCGAUGUUAUUUAGUUGAAUUACUUACACGCUGCCCAUCUGACUGGGUUGCCCCCAGCCACUCUGGGUGGUUCCCAACAAAACAUCAAAAAGAGACCCUUAUUGUUCGUGUUGUAAGCCAAAGGAAAUAGACGCACAAUGAAUUUUUUUGUUUGCUUGCUUGCAGUACAUUAAAAAAUUCAUCAACGAGACCUGGCUGGAGCGGCAUGGGUCCCCUCUCCCGCAAGAGACCAUCCUCUUGCUGUGGUCCUUCAUCGUUUCCAUCUACGGCAUAGGGGGGCUUUUGGGAAGCGUCUGCUGUGGGUACCUGACCACAAAAUAUCGGAAGUAAGUCUUUCCCUAAGGCUAUUUGUGGCUUCCGUGCACAUCUAAAUCUAUGACAUAGGGUUCAAGCCCACCAGGGCAAUGCCCUGGAAGUUGGUGCGGGAGGGUCUGAGUCAAAGAGAUGCCUCUUAUUCUCAGUCCUAGAAAAAGCAAAACAAGCACACAUUUCCUGUUGUCGCUGUACUCAAUAAACACACAAGACGUAACCAGCUGUACUUUUGAAUAAAUAAGGUAUACUAUUCACUGCAUCAAAUUGUAGAUUUCAACGGAAGUCUCAUAACUUCAUAUACACACUGUGUGUGUGUGUGUGUGUGUGUGUGUGUGUGUGUGUGUGUGUAUAUAUAUAUAUGCUUUAUUGAUUCCAAAAAGAAAACAGUCAACAGUUUUUUAAAAAACACAUUACAAAAAGAUACAAUAGUUUCAUAAUACAUAUAUUCUUCUUCUUUUACUUUAUUUAUUUAUUGUUUUAUUCACAAUAAUGUACAUUCUUUACAACAGACAACUCCAAAAUAAAAUCAUAUACAGCAAACCCCCUUGUCUUUCCUUUCACGUUCCAGACUCUCGUUCCUCUCGUUCCUCUCCUCUCUCUUCUUUUCUUUUCUUAUCAAAAUCUCAGAGGUAGUACUCUGUGCUCUUUAAUAUGCUGUUUCUCUCUAUCCUGUAUUCGUCGCAAGGCUUCUGGUCGCAACUUUUGUAAAUCACCACAUGGUGAGCCCCCUUUCUCUUUAAACAUCUUUCUUUGUAACCGUGCUUGCCUAAAAUUAUAUUUUCCAGCUACCUCCACGUUUAAUUUUAAUAAUCUAUAGCUCUGAGGUAGCUUCGUGUGGCAUCAGUUUUAUAAUUGAAAAACCUGGUGCUAUCUUCGUCGGGUCCAGAGGUGUCUCGCAGACAAGAGUGGAUCCAGUUUGGCGCUGUGGUUCUUCUGCUCUCUUUCACACUAUUAAAGUACUGGUUUUUAAUCAGUGCUGGAGCAGCAGAAAACCGCUUUUUCCUGCGCAGCUCUGUGCAUUCAACUGGAUACCUCCUUUCCCAUUUUUCCCAGGGGGGUGAACAAUAAGCACAAGGUGUUUGCCCCCCACCUGAGAGUCACCUGUAUCCCAGGUGCAAAUCAGGCCAUGAGGUAAGUCCAAGUCCCUUUGUUGUUGGCGGGAGCAGUUGAGCUGUUGCUCUAAGGAAGGCAUAGGCAAACUCAGCCCUCCAGCUGUUUUGGGACUACAACUCCCAUCAUCCCUAGCUAACAGGACCAGUGGUCAGGGAUGAUGGGAAAUGUAGUCUCAAAAACAUCUGACGGGCCGAGUUUGCCUACGCCUGCUCUAAGGUCCCUGUGUCUGCCUGCCUUUCUCACCUUAAUUCCGCCUUCCAUUACAGAAAGAAAUGCCAGAUGUUCACCAACUUGAUCAUGCUAGCGGCUGCAUCGCUCAUGGGUUUCAGCAAGAUGGCCGGGUCCUUCGAGAUGAUCCUCCUGGGGCGCUUUCUCUACGGAGUCGGCAUCGGUAUGAAGGAAGCAUCCUGGCACUUACAGCAAAGUCACCACAACCUUCCGGGGGCAUUUUGUUUUCGUUCCUUCAUCAGUCUCGUCUUCUUUUUAAAUCACAGUGGUACCUUGGUUCUCAAACUUAAUCCCUUCCAGAAGUCCGUUCCAAAACCAAAGCGUUCCAAAACCAAGGUGUGCUUUCCCAUAGAACGUAAUGCAAAACGAAUUCAUCCAUUCCAGACUUUUAAAAACAACACCUAAAGCAGCAAUUUAACAUGAAUUUUACUAUCUAACGAGACCAUUGAUCCAUAAAAUGAAAGCAAUAAUCAAUGCGCUGUACUAUAAAAUAAAUAAGACAAUAUUGUAGAUGAUAAAAGUUUUAAAAAAAAAAUUCUUACCUGCACUGAUGAUAGUCAUUGUUUGGUUGGGAGGCUUUUAUCCAUUUCCGCAGUCACACAAUCAAUCAAUCAAUCAAUCAGUAGCUGAACUGGGUUUCACACAGUCACAAAAACAAAUUAACCAAAAAAGCCUCAAAAACAAAAAUGCAAAAUAAAUAGGAAAAACAAAAGCGCCACACUUAAUCUGUUCUGGAAGUCCAUUUGACUUCCAAAAUGUCUGAAAACCAAGGCACAGCUUCUGAUUGGUACAGGCACCCCAGAAACAAUAGCCUACAGCCACAUUGGACAUUCGGCUUCUGAAAAAUGUUCAAAAACCGGAACACUUACUUCCGGGUUUUCGGUGUUUGAGAACCAAGGCGUUUGAGAACCCAGGUACCACUGUACUACAUUGGUCUUUUAAAUUGGUCUUUAAAGCAUUUCUUAUCAGAAAUUCCAGUGGCAGGAGGGAGAUGCAGGGGGCUGGUUCCUUUGGAGAUGCUAUAAGUCAAGAUGCAUUGUUUGUGCAGGCAGAGAAUCCUGCCCAGCCUUCCCCAAUUUUUGCAGUCUCUUUAGCUUAAAGGUAAAGGGACCCCUGACCAUUAGGUCCAGUCAUGACCGACUCUGGGGUUGCGGCACUCAUCUCGCUUUAUUGGCCGAGGGAGCCGGCGUACAGCUUCUGGGUCAUGUGGCCAGCAUGACUAAGCCGCUUCUGGCAAACCAGAGCAGCACACGGAAACGCCGUUUACCUUCCCGCCAGAGCGGUACCUAUUUAUCUGCUUGCACUUGGACGUGCUUUCGAACUGCUAGGUUGGCAGGAGCAGGGACCGAGCAACGGGAGCUCACCCCGUCGCCAGGAUUCGAACCGCCGACCUUCUGAUCAGCAAGCCCUAGGCUCAGUGGUUUAACCCACAGCGCCACCCGCGUCCCCUCUUUAGCUUAACCUGGUCCAUUUGGCAGAACUCAACCGAGGGUGGUUGACCCUGGAAACCUAGAUGGAUGAGCUUCAGGGCACUUGGGCUGGGCUGUGGAGCAGGGAGCAGGUUGCAGACCUGCUAAGACAUGACCCGGCUACAUGCCUGUCAGAUGCAACAGCUGCCAAUAAUAAUUCGUUUGAGUUGACCUUGAACCUGGAGACAGUGAAACCGGGUGGUUUUGCAGGUUUCUUCACUGUGUUUCUCUAUCAUGCCCCCCACUCUUUCCCAAGGGUUUUCCUUCAACAUACACCCUCAAUACGUGGGAGAGAUCUCUCCAAAGAAGCUGCGCGGAUUUGCAAAUGCCACGGUGGCUGUUUUCUUGACCCUCGGGAAAGUCUCGGGACAAGUGAUGGGCUUGGGGUAAGUGCAGCCCCUCCUCUGUGCUGCCUGAAAGAUGCUUGAGAACAGUGUGACUGAAAGCCUUUGGGACUUGGAUUGUGUUGAAUAAAAAUCACAUGAACUUAAAUUAGAACCUUGGGUUCUAAAGCCGCACACUUUGGGUUUGGGACUUUGAAUUCUGGGCUGCUCAAAAGAAUGUGUGGGUUUCGGAGGAGGGACCGGGGGCCUGUGCUCCUGUUGGAGGGGGGCUGUCCUGUGAUGAUGACACCCCCCCUGCAGUGGCGUGAGGUCAGUGGACUACAGGGACUAGGCUAGUCCCCUAAAUGUUCCCCUGGUGUCUCCUUCUCAAAGCCCGAGAAGCUUCUGCCUGGCUUAAGGAGGGAGGAGCGAUGCUCCGAUUGGUCCAAGAGCUCUUCCGCCAUCUUCCCAAAGCUCACUUGGCUUUGGGAAGGAGGCAGGAGGGUGCCAGCAUCCUUUCAGAGGCCUGGCACCUCCUUCCCCAAAGCCAGGAUGCUCCUAACCAGCUUAGGAAGGGGAGGCGCUUACAAAAAAAACCACUGUAUGCCAUUGUCCCCUGACUUCCUCCUUCUAUUCUCUGCAGGGAAAUGUUGGGCAGUGACUUCUUGUGGCCUUUGCUACUGGCUUCCAGUGGGCUCACUGCAGUGGUCCAGCUACUGACCCUCCCUUGCUUCCCCGACUCCCCAUCCUACCUUCUGAUCCAGAAGGGCAAUGAAGAAGCCUUCAUGAAAGGUAGGAGCCCCGUGCCAUCUGGACAGAUCAGGCAGGCAGGCUGGCUGGCUGGCAGCAGCAGGGCUGAGACAGACUGGUUCCAGGGUUGCCAAUGACUUUGAGCAAGGCUUGCAAAUGCCAGAGGUGGAUUUAGAGCAGCACGACUGGUUCUGGCGCACCGGGCACCUAGUCUAGGGGGCGCUGCAGGGCACUGCAAUUGCGACAUAGUGAAUUGAGCAGAACAGAAGGCAAGAGACUGAACGAUGAGGGUGGAAACGCUCCUUCAGGUAUAGUGGGUCGAGGCCAUUUAAGGCUUUAAAGGCCAGCACCAACACUUUGAAUUGUGCUCGGAAACAUACUGGGAGCCAAUGUAGGUCAUUCAGGACCGGUGUUAUAUGGUCUUGGCGGCCACUCCCAGUCACCAGUCUAGGUGCUGCAUUCUGGAUUAGUUGUAGUUUCCGGGUCACCUUCAAAGGUAGCCCCACGUAGUGCGCAUUGCAGUAGUCCAAGCGGGAGAAAACCAGAGCAUGUACCACUCUGGCGAGACAGUCUGCAGGCAGGUAGGGUCUCAUCCUGCGUACCAGAUGGAGCUGGUAGAGAGCUGCCCUGGUAGCCAUGGAUUGAUCUGCCCCUUGAGCUGAUCCAAGGGUCACUUUACUGGGUAGAGCCAGGCCUAUUCUUCCUUCUUUCCUUCUGUACCGCAGCCAUCAAGCAGCUCUGGGGCGAAGGUGACCACCAAGUGGAGAUUGAGGACCUCAAGAAAGAGAAGUCCGCCGUGGCCACCACCAAGAGCCUGCGCGUCCUGGAGCUGAUGAAGGCCCGCUCCUUCCGCUGGCAGCUCUACGUGAUGAUCACAGUCAUGACCACCUUGCAGCUCUGCGGCAUCAACGCAGUUGAGUCUUUGCUUCCUGGGGGACGCAGAGGCUUCCAGGGGAGUCACACAGCCUUUUGGAUCAAGCAGACUUUACAACAGGGAACAGCUAUGGUGGCUCUUCUCCAGGUGCUGCUGGACUCCAACUCCCAUCAGCCUCUGCACCCAGCAGGACAAGGAUGAUGGGACUUGUAGUCCAGGGACAUCUGGAGGACCACAGGCACCAGCAAAGGAGAGUCUACUUGCUCCCUGGUGGGGAGCAGAAGGGUUGCUGUGACCCAACCCAGCCAUGGCCAGUCUGUGGCUGGAUCUACACUCACCUGUAAAAUGUAAUUAGAAAAAUAUUAGAAAUACUGUUCUAAAAUGGCAGUUUCUUUUCCAAAAGAUCCACCUGGUUUAAGAUAGUUAGUAGCUCUGCAGUAGCCUCUGCUGUCACAUUUUAAUAACGCAUGACUAAUAUGACCCUUAAGGGACGCGGGUGGCGCUGUGGGUUAAACCACAGAGCCUAGGACUUGCCGACCAGAAGGUUGGCGGUUUGAAUCCCCAUGACAGGGUGAGCUCCCGUUGCUCGGUCCCUGCUCCUGCCAACCUAGCAGUUCGAAAGCAUGUCAAAGUGCAAGUAGAUAAAUAGGUACCGCUCCGGCGGGAAGGUAAAUGGCAUUUCCAUGCGCUGCUCUGGUUCGCCAGAAGCAGCUUAGUCAUGCUGGCCACAUGACCCGGAAGCUGUACGCCGGCUACCUCGGCCAAUAAAGUGAAAUGAGCGCCGCAACCCCAGAGUCGGCCACGACUGGACCUAAUGGUCAGGGAUCCCUUUACCUUUAAUAUGACCCUUACGUUUUGAAGCGUUUUCUUAACCGUUUCCUAACGUUAUAAACCAUGAGUGUCGAUCCGCCCUGUGUCUGCAGGCUCAGCAGGCAGGUCAGCUCACGCAGGGUGGGCCCAAUAUAUUUUGCCACCCGAGACAGAGCAAAAGAUGCCCCUGUCCCCCUCCAACAUACACACGCACCAGUCAAGGCGCAGAGAACAAAAGGCCAGCCAAGUGAUUUGAGGGGCCUUGAUCCCAUCCGCAUCCUGCUUUGAGUCAUUUGCACCCGAGCAGCAGUGGUCAUGCAUUAUCUGCAUCCUUCUGGCUUUCUUCCUGGAGGCUUCCUUGAUAGCUCAGUCAGUAGAGUGCGAGACUCUUAAUCUCAGGGUCCUGGGUUCGAGACCCACGUUGGGCAAAAGAUUCCUCCAUUGGCAGGAGGCUGGACUAGAUGACUCUCCGGUUCUAGGAAUCUAUGAUUCUAUAAGUGGAGACAAAUCUGGGGCAGAUGUGAGUGCCAAGGAGCCUGAAAACAACAACAAGGCCAUAUCCAAAGCCCCAUGCCAGUUCUCUGGAGGGAGGGGUAUGUGGUCCCUGUAUUGCAGGGGGGUGGACUAAAUGAACUGUCAGGUGAUGGUGUGGUUGCUCGAGAGCAAACAGGCAAGAUUCUGACCUGUCUUUUCCAGGCUUUAUUCUUAGUGCAGACUAUUUACAGUGAAGAGCGUCGCAAAUUCAUGUCUGGCUCAGUCACUAGCAGAAUCUGGGAGUGGUCGGUUCUUGUACCUUCCCCAGCAUAACAGUCGCAUGACCCCCAACCUUCUCCUCCCCUCCCUGCGCUGAAACCUACUGCGCAGAAUGGGCGCUGGCAAAGGGGUACUUCCCUCCUCUCCAGUUUGCUCAGGCUCGGUGUUGAGGCUCUCCCUAGCAUCCCCUGGUCCCACCACCUCCUCCCCACUGGAGGUGGGGCUUUCCUCCUCGCCAGAGGAGGAACUGCUUCGCAAGAUUUUCGGAGGUUCCCUAUAACACAACUGCCCUUCCACCUCUCGCCUCUGAACUGAUGGCAGUUCCCCGACAUGAACCUUGGGUUCCUUCCCAACUCUGCAGUUUCUAUGAUUCUGUGGUAGGCAGGGAGGUGUCCGUGCUGUGUGUACCGCAGGCCACCUGCCUUCUAACAGAAGGGAACGGGGACAGGCAGGGAGCCUCUGCACACAUGGAGCUCUGCAGGCAAAAACGUCUCCUGCAAACUAGCCCCACGUCUCCUCAUCUUCCUCCUGCCUUUUCCAGAUCUAUUUCUACUCCUUUGAAGUCUUCCGCACAGCCAGGUUUGAAGAGGAGCUCGUUCCGUACAUCGCUUUGGGCGUGGGGAUGUGUGAGUGCCUCUCGUCCAUCCUGUGCGUAAGUUCAAGGGGGGUGGCACAGCUGGUGCUCCCAAAAUGGGGAGAGCCCCUCAUGUAUUUCCCCAGCCCCUGUCCCCCUGGCAGGACAUCUGAGGUUCCCCUCCUUUUGCUGCCUUCCAGAGUUCCCUCAUUGAGCGCUUUGGACGGAAGCUUCUGCUCUGGGGGGGCUACGCUGCGAUGGUCCUGGUCCUGGCUUUGCUCACCCUGACCCUCUCGCUCCAGGUAAGGCGGUUGGGGGUCCUCUGUGAUGUGGGGCAGCGGUGGAGUGAAAGGGAAAAGAGCUGUUGGGUUAGAUUACUGCCAUGCUGAAAUAUACUCGGAGUCCUGUAGUGAUUUCAUGCUCUUUAUUGCAGCUUGUAAAACAGUGAUUGAAUUGCCCCCCAAACCUCAGGCUUUUAUAUACAUUAUUUACAUAAUGAGUUCCGCCUGAUUGGCUGAUUCUGCUUCCCUCCUGGAGCCUGAUUGGUCGUUUCCUGCAGGCCAAUCAGUUGUUGCAUUCUACGAUCCUACCAGCCUAAUAGGCUGAUUAACUUCCUCCUGUAGCCUGAUUGGUCUUCUCCUGCAAGCCAAUCAGUUGUUGCAUUCUAGGAUCCUACUUGCCUAUUGUUCUAGGAUCCAAGCUUAGUACAUAACACAUGUGUUAUACAUAGGGCUGCCUCUGUAGACGGUUUGGAAACUUCAGCGGGUGCAGAAUUCAGCAGCCAUGUUGCUCACUGGAGUAAGACAGUUUGAGCAUAUUACACCAAUUCUGGUACAACUGCACUGGCUACCAUUUAGUUUCCAGGCCCAAUUCAAAGUGCUGGUUUUGACAUAUAAAGCCUUAAAUGGUUGAAGACCGCAAUACCUCAAGGACUGCCUCCUUCCUUAUGAACCUACCCGGACCCUGAGAUCAUCUUCUGAGGCCCGUGCCUCCUCGAGAGGUCCGGAAGGUGGCAACACAAGAAUAGGGCCUUCUCUGCAGUGGCUCCCCAUCUGUGGAAAGCUCUCCCCAGGGAAGUUCGCCUGGCGCCUUCAUUGUACACCUUUAGGCGCCAGGCAAAAACGUUUCUUUUAAACCAGGCCUUUGGUUGAUCUGAUUGACAUCCUAUGCCCUUUUAAAAUGUGUUUUUUUGUGGGGGGCUAUUGGGUUGUUGUUUUUAUUUUUUUUAUUAUGUAUUUUGUGGUUUUAUAUCUUGAUUUUAUUCUGUGAACCACCUAGAGAGCCCCCGGGUAUAGGUAUAUAAAUAAUAAUAAUAAUAAUAAUAAUAAUAAUGGACACAGUUCAGAAGCCUCCUUAAGACAUCCCUCUCUGCCCCUGGCCCUCAAGGGACUGGCACCCCCAGGAGCCCACUUGGGCACCCCCAAUUCUCCUCUGCUUGCCUUUGCAACAGGAAGCAUUGGAUCCUUCCACUCCCGCUUAGAGGACCCUUUUCUUCUCUUCCCAGCACCGUUUCUUCUGGAUGCACCACUUCAGUGUGGUCCUCAUCUUCCUCUUCGUGCUCUUCUAUGGGAUUGGGCCUUGUGAGUACCUCCGGGGGCGAGGGUGGGGGAAAGGUCCCUGGCAGCCCCAUCCAGGAAGGGACGCAAGCAGCCUGCUAGGAAGGCGAUGGAUGGAACCUGGGGGAGCCUGGCAGGCAAGGAGGGAAGGGAGCAAGGCUCACAAAUGCAUGGUCCACACGCAUGGCCUUGCCACUUCUGUACUGCGGUGUGCACUGGAUGUUUGUGGGACAGCGGGUGGGGCUGUGGUCUAAACCACUGAGCCUCUUGGGAUUGCCGAUCAGAAGGUCGGCUGUUCGAAUCCCCGCGACGGAGUGACCUCCCGUUGCUCUGUCCCAGCUCCUGCCAACCUAGCAGUUUGAAAGCACACCAGUGCAAGUAGAUAAAUAGGUACCGCUGCGGCGGGAAGGUAAACAGCGCUUACGUGCGCUCUGCUUUCUAUCACAGUGCUCCAUUGCACCAGAAGUGGUUUAGUCCUGCUGGCCACAUGACCCGGAAAGCUGUCUGUGGAGAAACGCCGGCUCGCUUGUCCUGAAAGCAGAGAUGAGCGCUGCAUUCCAUAGUUGCCUUUGACUGGACUUACCUUUUUUUCUUACUGGGGCGUGUCCAAGCAGGCCCAGAUCCAUAUGCAGGUGUGGGAACGUCCAGCUCCUACUAGGCUAAAUCCUUACAACUCAGCACCUGCUGUUGAGAGGUUGGGAUGAGGCAUGUCUAGGCAUCUGGUCAGGUCUCUGCCAAUCCUGACACCUGUGGGUGCUGGGUGGGUGGUGCAGAGGCAGUUGGCGGCAGCCAGCCCACACUGGCCUUUGGCAAAGCAGCUACCCAUCCACCCCCAGAGGGCCUGGUCGGGGUGGGUGAGGUUGCAGGCACACCGAGGUCUCGAAGCGGACAUCUCAGUUGGUAGAGCAUAAGGCUCUUAAUCUCAGGGUCUUGAGUCAGAGCACCACAUUGGGGAAAAGAUUCAUGUACUGCAAAGGGUUGCACUAGAAUAAUAAUAAUAAUAAUAAUAAUAAUAAUAAUAAUAAAUGUAUUUAUACCCCGCCCUCCCCAGCCAAGACCGGGCUCAGGGUGGCUAAUAACCAAUAAUAAAAACAAGUUGAUUAAAAUACAAUUAAAAGAUUAAGAUACAACAUUAGGAAGAAGAAGAAGAGUUUGGAUUUGAUAUCCCGCCUUUCACUCCCUUUAAGGAGUCUCAAAGCGGCUAACAUUCUCCUUUCCCUUCCUCCCCCACAACAAACACUCUGUGAGGUGAGUGAGGCUGAGAGACUUCAGAGAAGUGUGACUGGCCCAAGGUCACCCAGCAGCUGCAUGUGGAGGAGCGGAGACGCGAACCCGGUUCCCCAGAUUACGAGACUACCGCUCUUAACCACUACACCACACUGGCUCUCCCUAAUUAACCACUACACCACACUGGCUCUCCCUAAUUAAAACAAUUAGGGAGCAAUCUCUUCAUAGGAGGAGAACGGAAAAAGAAAGAGGGGGAGGGAAUCAAACUGAUUCUAAGCCAAAGGCCAGGUGGAACAACUCUGUUUUACAGGCCCUGCGGAAAGAGAUCAGAUCCCGCAGGGCCCUGGUCUCAAGAGACAGAGCAUCAGAUUAGUUCUGAUUCUACAGUGGUACCUCAGGUUAAGUACUUAAUUUGUUCCGGAGGUCCGUUCUUAACCUGAAACUGUUCUUAACCUGAAGCACCACUUUAGCUAAUGGGGUCUCCUGCUGCUGCCGCGCUGCCGGAGCACGAUUUCUGUUCUCAUCCUGAAGCAAAGUUCUUAACCUGAAGCACUAUUUCUGGGUUAGCGGAGUCUGUAACCUGAAGCGUAUGUAACCUGAGGUACCACUGUAUUAUUCUUCUCCCUGCAUAAUGUCUGAAGCAGACCAGCUGCAAAGAAUUGGGCCCGCUGCGCAUUGUUUGUUCGUUUAGCUUUUCUCUGCCUUCCCCAGCUGGAGCCACCAUUGCCGUGA